GGAAAAUGGCGGCGAUCACACAACUUCUAAGCAGAUAAACAACAAAGUUUUGUCCUGUAUUGUGGAAUCUAUCAAGCAUUUCCAGCUAUAACGGAUAAAUACUGAAAAAAUAGUUUUCAAAGAAACAAGAUUAACUCUCUGAUUGCCACAACUACGUGAGUAUGACCUGAGUUGUCAAGGUUACAAGGGAGCCGUGCAGACUUGUCAUGGACUACAAUGGAGCCCAGCACUUCAGGAAGCGGAUCAAGUGUCACGGUGGGAGCCGGAGGCAGGAGCAUCAGGCAGUCUCUUCGCACAAAAAAAGCAAAGGUGAGCUUCUCACCUACACUAAACAAUGCAGCAUCGUCAUCCAGCAGCCAGACUGGGGGCACAGGGACUAGGUCCGGCCAGGGUCAACAGGCAGAGAAGAAUGGCCCCACAAAGGUCAACAACAACCAGACAGCCUCUGCCAUUGGUGGCCUGCUAGGUCACGCUUCCCCCAACAAAACACAGACUCUCCGGGAUCUUCUGGCCUCCACUCAGUUUAGUAUGAAGCCACGCAAGCGGUCCAACAAGAGGAAGAGUAUAGCUGCGCAGAUAGCCCAGACAAAGGAGGGCUGCAUUGACAUGACGCCAGACUCCAUCCUUGUAAACACAAACCUCAAGGCAUUACUAAACUAUGACACUUUCAACAUGCUGCCUGCUGCAUACCGGUACAAACUCAUCACACUGCUGCCUGAGUGUGACAAACUACCCGACACAGAGAACUCACUCAGCAUCAGUCCAACAGCACUGAAUAAUGAGUUCUUUGCCAAAGCACAACAGGAGUGGAGAGAAAGGCUAUCAGAAGGUGAAUUUACUCCAGAAAACAUGCAACGCUUGAAGCAAGAAGAGGAGAAGGAACAGACCAAACUUGACCCUUGGAAGGCUAAACAUUUUGAGACUUUCUGGGGACAAAGGAUAUUAAAGGAUGUACCGAAAGCCACUGGUCCAUCGCCUAUCAAGCCUGUGAACUCCGUGCCUGCUGCCAAGAAGAAUACAGCCCAUAAACGAAGCAUGUUGGUGUCGUCCAUGUUGCGCCACAAGUCAUUAUCCAAAGCCGUAGCAGCAAGUGUGGAGUCAGUGAUGCCAGCCGGAUCACAUAGUAUAACCAACAGCAUUUCUACAGCAUCCAGUGCCCAGGUGGGACUGCUGACCACUGUCUCAACAACAGUGACUGCAACCGUCACAUCCACCACAGCCAAUGCUGCAGCUUCAACGACCAAAGUAGACAAAGCUGAAGUAAGCCCAACGCCAGCCAAGAAGCAAAGAUUGUCACCCAGUCAGCGGCAAGCUCAGGCUAAGACCCUGGCUCAGAUCAAGGCUCAGACUGAGGCUGCUCGGAGUCAGAAGUCACAGUCAGCUGAACCGGUUAGUCCGUUACGGACAGCUUUAACGAACACUCCUCCAGAGGUUGUUGACGUUUCGUCUGCUAAGUCUGUUCAAACUGGUUCUGUUGUUACAACCCCAGGAAUUAUUAAGGUCGCUGGGCAGACUAGGACUUUAGCUCAGAUCAAAGCUCGGACUCAAGCUGCCAAAGCUCAGACAACUGUGUCAAUCAUCUCUCCACCUCAGACCAGGUCUUCGACUAAUGUGUCCCAAAACUCAUCAGUACGGAGCCUGUUGACGAGUCCUAGUCCCCCUGUAGGGAGAGUCCCAGCCCAGGCUCAAACAAGGACAUUGGCUCAGAUAAAGGCACAGACACGUGCCCGUGCUCAGCAGGCGGCUGCUACAGUUGUGCCUACUACAACUGAGCAACGCCCAGCACCAUCCUUGAGUCCUGCCCUAUCCAAGAAUCAUCCAAAUAUCUUGUUAACCUCCACCGGACGGCCAAAGACACCUUCCAAAACUGCAACCCCUGUUAAGACAGAACCCAAUAAUGGUAUCAAUUUACAAAGAUCAUUGGCUAUAUGUCAGGCUGAAUAUGAGAAAAGUAUUGUGAAAGUGAACAGUCCUGGUCCUGCAACUGGGCCGCAACAGAGCCAAAUGAGUGCCUCAAAACUGCUGUUCUCUCAGUCUGGCAGUCAGUCAGAUCAAAGCGUCCAAUCAGAUGGAGAAGCAAGUCGAUCGACCGCAAGUCCUGCAGCAUCGCUGACCUCGGGAACAGCAUCUCCUACCAGGGUAUUGACGGUCCCAUCAGUCUCUUCAGCUGGGAACACAGAAGGGAAACAGAUUCUGAUUGUGACAUCCAAUAAUUCUUUAGAUCCCAACACGGUGCUGGUUGUGAGUGCUCCCUCCAGCACAGUGGUAACUUGUGCUGGUGCAAACAGUACAAGAACACUGACCAACUCGGUUCAAGCUUCAUCCGCCACUACAGGCAAGGUGUACACCAGUGGGACUUCAUCUGGUGUCCGGUGCGUCCUCACACACGAGAAUCUACGGGCGAUGUUGGCCAGCAGCACGCCUCCUCGAGCCUCUAGCGCUCCGCCUACUCAGAACAAACCAGAAGUUGUGACAAUUGUGAGAUCGGCGAGCGUUGGAGGUGACGCCUCGAAUCAGACGGGAAGCAAUCAGGGAGAAGUAAGCCUCAACUUAAGUUCUGAAGAAGUUAAUUUUUUAUCCAAAGCUGGCACUCCUACUCAAGCAGGUCGUGAAGGGUCUCCACGCUACGUAGUUCGACCUGCUUCUAUUGUGGGGAAAGGCAAUAGUAAGCCCAACCCACAGUCGGUAGUGUCUGGAAGCUUCAGUGUGCAGACUGUCGCCCUUCGAAGCAACCAGACUACUGCGGCUAGCAGUGCCCAGCCAGUGACAUCUUCCAUUGUAUCAAAUAGCGUGGAGACCCAAGUGGCUAACUUACUUGCCAACCCAAAAGUGUCAAUAAUGGCAACAACCUCAGCAAUACCUAAUGUGCAAAUGAUAACCGCUGCUUCAAACAUGACUACCGUGAUGUUGCAGCCGCUUACAUCAACGGCGGUUGGAACGACGGUCACAGCGACUUCCGUGUCUGAAGGCACGCCGACAAUUAAUCCUUCAUCGUGUGCCUGCAGUCUCAAGGCUAUGGUUAUGUGCAAGAAAUGUGGUGCUUUCUGUCAUGAUGACUGCAUAGGUCCGUCUCGGCUCUGUGUUACCUGCCUCAUCACAACAUAACACAGUCUUUACUACGAGUUUGUUAAUUUGUUGACCUAGCACAAUCUGUUUACUAUUGAACCAGGUACACCAGCCCAACAAUACACUACAAGAUCGGAGUGGAGGUGUUAAUGAGCAGUGUACACUCAAGUCUCAUUUCAAUGCACUUUACAUAAUGUCUUUAUGGUUCAUCAUGUUCAACCGUUCUUCAGCAUGGCUUCCUCUAUCCAAAUAAUGUUCAGGACUAUUUUUUAACAAAUGUAGAGUGAGACUGGGACAGUGUGUAGAAUUGAAGUAUGGGUGCAAACACUCUUAAUCGUGACAUAAGCUAAAUAGUGUACGUUGAUCUCAGGGAUGUGGAACUAACAUGUCACAUAUUUUGAAAAAUUCAAAUUUCCAUAGAUCUGAACGGGGCAAGAGUUAUCCAAGGGUCUGCAACUUGCAGUGCAGAGUUGUGUCCCUUAGCAAUGAGGUGGCUUCGAAUUCUUGUUUGGCCUGAUAUUCUUCUUCUUUUUAACCCUGAAAAAUACUUAAAUUCAAAAGAAGAAAAAAAACUUUUGACAAGGGAUUCUAGGAAGACUUUUUCACAAUAAGGUGAAAUGGAAAAACAACCCAUUAUAUUUUGUCACCGCUGUUUGUGGGAAAUGGUGAAUAAUAUGUAUAACAAUCUUUAUUCUAACAGAAACAAAACAAGGAAAUAUCUUCCAUUAUCUUGCCAUGACAAAACUUGUUUGUUUUUCAUUCAUUAGUAAUGGUAAUAAUUUUGACAAUUUAAACCACCUACUUUGAAUUUUUGGUCAAGACUUUUGUAAACCAACUAAUGAUGGCCUAAGGACCAUAUGUAUCCUUAACUUGUGGGUUCCAACCUGCACUACUUGGGAAUUUCUUCUUAGCUGGUCUUACUGGGGAUAAUGUCUCAUUAAUCCACUAAAUCUUCACAUCUUGCUCAAUGUUCAGCUCACUGUUUUAGACCUGUUUGUUAUAAGAAAGACAUAACAAUAACAAUUGAUUGAUUAGCUAGUUAAGCAAAUAUGCGUCUGUAGUAUCAGCGUUAUUAAGUCCUUUCUAUUCAUGAUUAGCUGAAGAACUGAAUUCGAAAUAUUUAUUAGGCCAGGGCCCCGUUCCUCAAAGCGAUCUUAGCACUAAGGUGAUCGUAAGUCCCAUACUUUAACAUAGGUUUGCGAUCAUCGUAGUGCUAAGAUCGCUUUGAGGAACGGGGCCCAGGUAAUGAUAAAAUGCCCUUGUAAUGUUAAAACAUUGCACUAGCCCAGUCCAUGGCUAGUGUUAAGUUCUAACCCUGGUUGACUUUGUCGCAAAAAACAUGAUUAAAAAACAUUCCCUAAUUAAAAAAGUACAAGUUGCCUUUGACUGAACAAGCAUUUUUGUGUAGCGCGUGGAGCAGAUUUACAUUUUAAGAUUUCCACAUCCCUGGUUGUUUUUGCUCUCCCAUGGUCCCAUCACAGUGUGACUACAUGCCAAAAUCAGCUAGGCCCCAUUUCUAGUUAACUCUUUUACUUACAGUAUUGCAGUAGAAAUAGAAAGGCCAUGGAAGAUAUUUAAUAAAAGCGUGUUCCAGUUGUAGGAAGUAUGGUAAACACAAAAAGCUCAAUUUUAUCCAAUAAUAAUAUGGUCAUUAUGAUGAGAUGGUAUCAGCUCUGUCUGUCUAUAGAGGGCUCUUCGUUCCUCCAGUUAAAGUGUCAGUAUCGGGUGUGAUAUUUACAGUACAUCGGUUCCACAAUGACCAAUGCAAGUAAAACAUUUAUGUAACCCAGUAAUUAUUCUAUUAAGUUUAACUUUGAUGAGAAGUUCAAUAUCCAGAAGUAGUGCAUAUGACGAAGAUAUUUUCAUCGUGGCAAGUCUUUCAAACUCAUUUAAGAGUAUUAAGAGUAUAUUUCUUUUAUUUACAAAUAGUUUGCUCGUCAAGCCGAAGACCCUGGUUCGAUUCCCCACAUGGGUAUAAUGUGUGAAGCCCAUUUCUGGUGUGCCCGGCCGUGAUAUUGCUGGAAUAUUGCUAAAAGCGGCGUAAAACCGUUCUCACUCACUAUUUAUAAAUAGUCUUGGGUAUUAAUGUAAGCUGUGGAGACAUGGGUGCCCAGUCAUAAAGAGUGGAGAGUUGUGUCCCUAACAUGCCUAAGGCAGUGCAGAUACAUGCAAUCUUUGGUUGGAAUCCCAGAUUUGACCUGAUUGUUUCCUGCUUAUCUCCAUCCCCCUGUUUGUUUUCACAAUAAUGGUGUUACACCUGCUUCAUUCUAGGAGGGGGUUUUUUCACAUCAAAAUGAACAAGCUGACUCUAUAACUAAAAUUCUGUUCAAAUCAGCGUUCAACCAAACUCACUCACUCAUAUUUUAUGUAUGCACAAGUUAGGUUGAAGGACUACUGACCAUUCUGACAUGACAUAAAUGAUGUGGGGUUUUGUGUAGGUCUUGUAUUUCAAUUUCAUUGUAACAUAAAUGUAUACAUGAAGUUCAGAACAAAAUCUUUUACAUUACCAGGUGUAACAAAUUCGCAAUUCCGGUGAAUCAUCAAUGAUCAUGCAUUAUGAUUAUAAGACCGACAUUGUCAUAAACUGUAGUCAGGAUUUUGUAUUGAUUGCUGUGUCAGGAAUCUGUAUAUUUAAUAUAUACCCCUGUGUUUACUUGAUUACCUUGCCAGGAAUGUAUAUAUUUAAUAUAUACCCCUGUAAUUACUUGAUUACUGCAGUGACAUACCUCAUUCAAGAUUGACCAUGAUUACUACUAGAAAUGAUAUUAAGAUGUAUUAGUCGAUAUCAUGUACCAGUACUUUUGCUCAAACUGGCAAUAUAGGCAUGGAAAUGACUUGUUAGACAUUUUUUGUAAUAUAUAUAUAUAUAUUUUUUAACAAUUAAGACUCAAAUGUAGACAGGUUCUUCUCAAAACGUUUAACUUUCAAUAGUAAAUUGUUAUUAUUUGUUUACAUCCUAACCCGUACAGAUGAUAAACAAUGACAUUUGGCGAUGAGCAUGAAUCAAGUUUCAAGAAAAACUAUUUUCCCAAUAUACUGAACCGUUUGAAAUGAAAUACUAGUAUGUGAUGUUUAUAUUCUGACUUGCUGGGAGGACAAAUGAAUGAAAAAACAAUGCAUUGAAAUGAAGAGACCAUGAGGUUAUUAUGUAAUCUGUUAGGACUGGAAAGAACACACAGACACCUACUUGAUCACUUUGAAAAUGAUGUUAUGCUUUUUCUAAGUUCUGAAACAUGGAGUUUGAUGUAUGUUGCACGGUUGCCAUCAAGUUUUAUCACAAGAAUCAACUGCUGAUAUUGUAUGUGUUUAAUGUUGUCAGCACCUGUUUGUGUACAUGGAUAUAUGUUAAUGUCCUGGAUGACUUAUGGCAGGGAGGUGGUUCGAAAGUGGAAACGUUGUUGCAGUGACUGGUAUGGACCAACAGCUUGAAUGGGUUACUGAGGUAGUGUAGGCAGUCAGGUCAUAUUGAUCAUUUGGUUGCAUGCUAGAAUGGUGGGAGAAAUGACAGCAUUCAAGAAUGGACAAAUUCUGAUUACAAUCAGAAAAUCUCAAAAUAUCGUUAGCCUGUUCGUCAAUACUUCCUAGGUUGUAUAUACUGUUCUUUCUUCACCUAUACAUGCCCAGCAUGACAUUUGCAGAACUUUUCAUAAUAAGGCCUUUGACUAUUUUCUUCAGCAUGAAUGAUACAAACUAAAGUUUCUGAAAGUCUAUAAGCCGAUGCUGUCGUUGCCUGAAGGUGUGCUUACUGCCAUAUCAACCCUAUUUGUUAGUCUCUGAAUUAUUUCAAGGGCAGUUUUUUUCGAAUAAAAUCAAGCACCAUUAUUAUCAGCAAAAUAUUUUCAAAAUAACCUCAAGUAUAAAGUUAUUUGUGUCCAUUGUUUCCCUUGCCAGCAUCUUAGCAAAGUCAUUCAGUUCACUCAGGAGUGAUCAACACACCUUGACUAUUUGAAGGCAUAGCAAGGUAUUCCUUAUCUUAUUAAGUGUGUUAUAUACUACUCAAAAGAAGUUAAAGAACACCCAUUUCUUCCAUAUUACAAAAGUUGAUCUGUCAUGCCAUGGCAGAUUAACUAUAGUCAUGUGAAAGAGUUGGGUGUUCUUUAACUUCUUUGUGUAGUAAAUAUCAGUGAGACACCUAGCUUGAUAUACAAAUACAAUUAUUGUAUGACAAUAUUUACAUGGAAGAGGUAAUGCCCUGAAAUGAUUGAAGAACAGUAUUUGAUUAAGUCAACCCUUCAUAAUCCGUCUGACAUAUGCCUAGUAGCAUUAUAACAGUGCCACAUCACACACAGCAUCAUGCCUGUCACGCUCCCAAUGUGUACCAGUGUCAUACAGUGUGUACUGAGUGUCAUACAGUGUGUACUGAGUGUCAUUCAGUGUGUACUGAGUGUCAGGCAGUGUGUACGGAGUGUCAUGCAGUGUGUACUGAGUGUCAUACAGUGUGUACCAGUGUCAUGCAGUGUGUACUGAGUGUCAGGCAGUGUACUGAGUGUCAUGCAGUGUGUACUGAGUGUCAUGCAGUGUGUACUGAGUGUCAUGCAGUGUGUACUGAGUGUCAGGCAGUGUGUACUGGGUGCCAUACAGUGUGUACUGAGUGUCAUGCAGUGUAUUGAGUGUCAUACAGUGUGUACUGAGUGCCAUACAGUGUGUACUGAGUGUCAGACAGUGUGUACUGAGUGUCAGGCAGCGUGUACUGAGUGUCAAACAGUGUGUACUGAGUGUCAUACAGUGUGUACUGAGUGUCAUGCAGUGUACUGAGUGUCAUACAGUGUGUAUUGAGUGUCAUGCAGUGUACUGAGUGUCAUGCAGUGUAUGCAGUGUACUGAGUGUCAUGCAGUGUACUGAGUGUCAUGCAGUGUACUGAGUGUCAUGCAGUGUACUGAGUGUCAUGCAGUGUGUACUGAGUGUCAUGCAGUGUGUACUGAGUGUCAUGCAGUGUACUGAGUGUCAUGCAGUGUGUACUGAGUGUCAGGCAGUGUGUACUGUGUCAUACAGUGCGUACCAGUGUCAUACAGUGUGUACUGAGUGUCAGGCAGUGUACUGAGUGUCAUGCAGUGUGUACUGAGUGUCAUGCAGUGUGUACUGAGUGUCAUGCAGUGUACUGAGUGUCAUGCAUUGUACUGAGUGUCAUGCAGUGUGUACUGAGUGUCAUGCAGUGUACUGAGUGUCAUGCAGUGUGUCCUGAGUGCCAUGCAGUGUGUACUGAGUGUCAGGCAGUGUACUGAGUGUCAUACAGUGUGUACUGAGCGUCAUACAGUGUGUACUGAGUGCCAUACAGUGUGUACUGAGUGUCAUACAGUGUGUACUGAGUGUCAUACAGUGUGUACUGUGUGUCAUGCAGUGUACUGAGUGUCAUACAGUGCGUACUGAGCGCCAGGCAGUGUGUACUGAGUGUCAUGCAGCAUACCGGGAUGUCCUGAAGCUUUUUUUAAGAGUCAUACAUCACACACGAUGCAGUGUGUAUUCAGUGUCAUGAAUUACAUUCCCUCUACACAAAUCUCUUAGUUUUCCACUUUUAAGGUCGUUUAACACAUAUCCUAGUACAGAAACGUUGGGUAUGGAUUAUAGAGAGAUAUGACUGAGGUGUAGUCAAGUAAUUUCAGAGAUACUUCAUCUUCCUACAACAGCCACAUGGGCCUCACUGAGAUAAUAGAUUUGGCUAUGGCCUUUACAGUUAGCUCCUGAACUAAGCUGCCUUUGGUGAGUGGUUCAUUGCAGUAUUCCAAGGCAUUAUUUAUCCUAUAUGUUGUAACUUUGUAGCUUGUUUGACAGGGAAAGCCACAGACACAUUUCAGAGAAGGCAAAAUGACACCUUUCAAAACAGUGCUUCAGUAAAGCUGGGUUAAUGCCAAACAGGGACUGGCAGGAUACAUGUGAGGUUGACAUGAGUCAUGAACUUCAGUUGGAGAUGUUUUUAUUUAAGGAUGAACUUAAGCUAGCCUAGGAUGGAAGACGGCUAUCAUUCAAGGUUCUAAUUCCAAACUAGGAUGGUUACGUUCUGUGCAGAUGUUGUGCAUGUUCUGUACAUGGUGAGUGAGUGUUCUGGGUGUCUCAGAUUGUGUACAUGUAUACAUUCAGGCAAUCUCAGGGUCUGCCACACACAUAUAUGCAUUUAAACCCAUACCUUUCCUCAGCAGACAUACUAUGGUGUCAUGGGCGGGGAUGGGCAGAAUCGUUUUGUCAGUUUUGAAUAUUAUCCAUCAAUAUUCAAUUUGAGUAUUUCCAAACUGACCUGUUUGAAAAGUGACAAUAUUUUGUGUUUUCAAGAAAAGUGAACACUUUUUAGAUUUAAAAAUAUUUCAUUACAGGAUGUUGAAUACUGUAAAGAUGUGAUACUCAUAUUUUCAUUCCAUUUCAAGAUAGAAUUCUGGCACAUAUAAAGUAUGUUAUUGGUGGAAUGUCAUGAAAAAAAAUAUGUGUGUUAUUCAAAAUUGGACUUUAAUUUCUCUAAUCACUGUAUUACAAGUUUACUGGAGGGAGAAAUGGGUUCUGUUGUGAGGAUUAUGAUACAAGUAAUGUGGUAAUGAAGACAGACAGGCAUUAAGGGGAUAUGAUGAAGAUGCUGUUGUUGCAUCCCAGCCUGUGACCCAUGUAGGGUGUUGUACCUGUACUUAUUGUACAUUUGUAUGUUUCCAUAGCAACAGUGCUGUUACCAUUUUCUGUGAAUAUGUCCAUGAGUGUAUAUAUUCUAUAAACAUGCUGUAAAUUCUCUCGUUUUUUCAUUCAUGAAUUCCUGUUGAAAGUCUACACACUUACAUGACAAAUGCAUUGAGGUGACAAAUAUGUUCUCAAAAUCAGAAUUCUCCAUAGGGAUCUUAUAUUUCAUGCCAUUACCUCACACAUUUUGUUUUUGCUUAAAAAUGGAUACAAUGUCAGUUCCUAAAUUUCCAUUUAUUCAUUUCGCAUAUAAGAAUUACCAAAAGUGAAAUUUGAUAAUUUAAGCCUUACUCUAUUAUUGUUUGAUAGUCAUUACUUAAAAGUUGACGGAUGUCAAAGUAGACACAAUUUAUGUAUAACAAUUUCUUUAUUUACUGUAAAGGCGGCGUUUCGGUAUAGAUCCUUUGUCUAGCUUGGCAACAAUAUAAGGAUCUAUUCCGAAACAUGGCCGUUACAGUAAUUAAAGAAGUUGUUAUUCAUAUAUUGUGUCAACUUUACUCUUUUAUGUUAUUCGAGCCAUUGUUUAGUGUUGAUAGUGUUCGCAAACUUAUGUAGCCAGGUUUGAUCAAAUGUUAUUGAAAGAGAGGUAAUGAAAAUUAUCUCUGCUGUACUAAUUAAUGUGAAACCCUAUGGAGAAUGAUGUGUUGAGUAUCUGGCCCAUAGCCUUUUGCUGUACCACCUUUGAUCAGUGAACAGGUAAUGAAACACAUCCCUGCAUAAGCCAAUCAAAUGCCUUGCACAGAUAUUUGUUUGCCCAAUCAAAAGAAGCCUUUCAAAAGAGGCAGGUUACAUACAGCAAUGCUACAGCUGCUUAAUAUAUUAACGUUUUAGCAGGAAGUGUUUGAAAUUGGUGAUAUCGUUCCUCCUCAAAGGAAUUUAUUGAAGUUUGUAGAUUUAAACUGACAAGAAUUCAGGAAUGUUGUUUUUGUGCUAUAUGUUUCUUAUAAAUGUAAAUAGUUAUUUAUUUUCAUAGUUGAAGUAAGGGAAAUGUUGAGACACGUUCAUGGUCUGGACUAUGAAAUUGAUAUUGUUUGAAUGUUGAGUAGGCCUUAAUUCAUAUCCAAUAUUUUUGAAGACAAAAUUCUUCUCUUUAUUCCUUCAGCCGUCAUGUUUCAAAUGAAAUAUUUUGUCUCCAAAAUAGACAAUGCUCUUAUUAAAUAAUUUCUGCUAUCCAUGCUGUGUGCAGGGAUUGUAUUACUGAAAGUAACAAGACAAACUUACCUGAGAUAAAUAAGCAGUGAUAAGUGGACAAGUUACUUCACUACAAAUGUUGUCUAUGAUUCUCAUUGAUACAUGCACCACCUCCCACAGUACUGAAAUCAUGCAUGAAAACAUAUAGUUCAAAAUCUUGUUUGCCAAUAGGAAAUAGGAAAUUGCCAUCUCAUAUAUUUGUGAUUUUUUAACAAACAUCAUUUUAGUUUUUUUCUGUUGAUAUCAGCUUACUUAAAUUGUUCAUGGCAUUUGCUUUGAGGAAUUGAAUACAUGGUAUGUAACUCAUUAAAUAAACUAAUAUGUGUACAAAUUUGUACACGUUUAAUCAAAUUACUGGAAUACACUAUGAGCUUGUAUGCAGGCAUUGUAAGAAAGGAGUCUGAGGGUCUAUAGGCUUAUUUAAUACAGAGAGUUCAGAAUGCCUGAAUAAUGUGCAGACAUUUCUACAUUUCUAGACUACUACACAAACUUAUGAACAGAUUGUUGUUGUUUUUCAGUCUUUAUUUUCUGAAUGCAAAUAAAAUAAGUAUUAGUGUAGAAUGUGCUCCAUAGUGACUCAAUGAAAUACAGCAUUAGUCAACACACAUGAACUGACAUAGAACACAGAGGUUAUCAUGCGAGUGUGGUUUGGGAUGGGAAAUAUCCAGUAUUGGGAAUAAACAUUGUAUCUUGCGAGCCUUGUUGAAAGCAUCGGUUCACCCGCUAGAGUAAAAGUCGAAGAGACAUCAUGUUUGUUUGGAGCCUGCCUGCCCUGUCUUAUCGUUUCCCAAGUUAAGAGUCUGGUGUACACACAGCAACAAAAUGAAACAAGGUAACAAUUCACUGAUAUUUCGGCAAAAUCGAACUGUUUGAAAUUGGGUAAAAGACCCCGAGCCGAAGAGGUCUACAAUCACAGAUAUGGAGGCUGAUGCUAGUGUCUUCGCUAAAUUGUUCUGCAGUUUGUAUCUCCAAAGUUGCCAAAUCUUUCAAAUGCCUCAGUUACCUCCCAGUUAGACAUUGAUUUUCAGUAUCUUAGACUAUUGUUUUGACUAUAAUAAUUAUCACAGUAGCUUCUGGGGAUGGUAAUUCUGACUUGAUUGACAAGGGCGAUGCCAUGUUUGUUAGUAAGCACUGAAAGUAGUACCUACCUGACCUUUCAUAUUUGCAUCUUUAUCAGUUUAUGACCCCAAUGGAUACCAUUUUUAUCCAUUGGCUUUAUCCUGCCAAGAAACCUACCCAUUAUAUGAUUAAUUAUUAUAUGGUCCCUCAGAAGCAUCUCCUGAAUUGUAACAUUUUUAGAAACUAAAAUGGAUAAAUUUUUAAAGUAGAUUCUGUUUAGUUAUUUUUAGUAAGAUUAGUUGAAAAAAGGUGGUUAUAACAAUUAAUCCCAUUUCAAAAAUAGAAUUUAUUUCAUCAAUCGAUGUAUGAUAUUGACAUAUUUAUGUUCAUUUCAUAUUAUUACAGCGGACACACACUCUUCAUUGAUGUUGUACAAUAGAUAUUUAUGUUAAGAACUUGUGAUCUCAAAGGGGUUAAGUGAAAAUACUUUUUGUCAAAAUAUUUUUAGAUGUGUAUAAAGUUUUCUGUUUGGGGAAUACAUGUAUGUGUCCAGUAUCGUGAAAAUAAUUAGUUUCCGGUUGCAAUGUAGAAUUUAAAAAUUAGGUUCCAAAAAUAAAGUCACAAGUAACUUCAAACUGAACAGGAUUAAUAUUUUCCCUGUAUUUUAAGUUUAAGUAAAUUGCAGGUUUUGAAAGAUUUUCAGCAAAGUGUGUAUAUUUUAUGGUAAACUAUUUUGGGGAUUUGUCAUAUUUUAUUAUUUUGAGAGUUGCUUUUCAGAGUUUGUUUAAUUCCAAUGAUUCCAAUGCUGUACAAAGAGUUCACGUUUUGUGAGUUGGGUAAUCACACAACAUGAGAUGUUGAUAUUUUUGCUGCAACGUUACAGGAUUGUGUGGUGUACUGUACAUAAAAUUACAGUUUUGAGUGACAUGUUUCUACACACUUUAGCAACGUGUAUCAAAAAUGUCAAAAUAAAUUUUUAUCAUAA